AUGAACAAACUUGGUAACCAUUACCUCAUACGUGAUUAUGUUCAAGACCAAAUUGAAAAAGACUUUUAUAAUACAUCAUCACGAAAAAGUAUGAUCGAAUUCAUCAUUAUCGUCUCAGAAAAUCUUAAAACAAUAAAUGAAAAUGCCUGGGAAUAUCUUUUUAAGGAGGUAAUCCUUUGUAAUAAAAGUAACGAAAUAAACAUGUACCUUAUGUCUCAAAACGAAAUAUUUAAACUUUAUUGGGACGAGAACUGCUUAACACGAAUAAUUUACAUCAGAUUUUGGGGUAACAUGCCAGUAUUUUUUAAAGAACGUCAAGAGUGGAUGAAUAUCGAUCAAAAGUUGG